AUGGCGACGCCCGGCCCGCAACUUGCGGCACGAGGCUACGGAUCAAAUGAGACAUACGUCUACGAGUACUCGAGAGGACUAGGUGGUGUCGAUGUCCCGCGCGAUGUUAUCAUCACCCGCAUUAUCUACUCUUCGGUGAUCAUUCUCGCCUUCUGUGUGUUUUGCGGCCGCAUCGCACAGAUCAGUCAUGCAUAUCUCCGCCAAAUCACAUCUUGUACGGCAAACAGUCGGCAGCAGACCUACUGGCGCCGGGAGACAUCAUCAUGGUGGUCCAACAUGAAGAAGCAUAUUCUGUAUUCUCCAUUAGGAAAGAAGAGGCAUAAUAGAGAGGUCCAACUCUCCUCGGCUGUUGGUAUCGGCACGUUGCCCUCUCGUUUCCAGACCAUCUUGAUCAUACUCUACUUUGCAAGCCAAGUGGUGUACUGUCUUUAUCUAGACUAUGCUGUCAACAAAAAAGCUGCGUUGAUCGCAGAACUGCGCGGGCGCUCAGGGACGCUGGCCGUCUUGAAUAUGGUGCCACUGUUUCUGCUGGCAGCACGCAACAAUCCUUUGAUCUCGAUUCUGCAUAUCAGUUUUGACACCUACAACCUUCUCCACCGGUGGCUGGGCCGGAUGAUCGUGUUGGAGUCUAUCGUCCAUACUGCUGCCUGGGCCGUCAAUGCAGUUGACGAGCAAGAUAUCGGAGACAUGCUGUCACGGUUGCGAGACACGCCCUUCUUUACCUGGGGGUUGGUCGGUACCGUGGCCAUGGUUUUCCUCGGUCUGCACUCUCCCUCGCCAAUCCGCCAUGCUUUCUACGAGACUUUCCUUCAUCUCCAUCAACUUGCCGCGCUUCUGGCUUUCCUCGGUGUAUGGUUCCACCUUCAACUGGACAGCCUCCCACAGCGCAGCUGGGCCAGCGUUAUUGCCGUGAUCUGGAUUAUCGAGCGGAGCACACGUCUCAUCCGUCUAGCAUAUCUCAACCUCUCCGCCAAACACGGCUCCACUCAUAUGACCGUCCAAGCCCUGCCCGGAGAAGCAUGCCGGGUAACUUUCCACCUGCCCAAAAGUGUACGCAUCGACCCCGGCUGCCACGUCUAUGCCUACAUCCCCUGCGUCUCAUGGUGGAUGUCUCACCCAUUCUCCAUCGCUUGGGCCGAAGCCAGCACUCUAACCCCGCAGUGCCCGCGCUAUCACGACUCCAAAUCCCCCGAUUCACUCCCCACUCCAUCCUCCCUAGAAAAGCAAUCCCACGACCUUGAUACAUACUUCGAGCCUACCCACCGCCCCACCGAAGUCUCCCUCAUCGUCAGCGCUCGCCAGGGUAUGACUCGCCGUCUGUACAACCUCGCCCGCAGCAAGCCAGAUCAGAUCCUCCGCGCACCGGGCUUCAUCGAAGGUCCUUAUGGCUCCCACCCAGCGAAUGCCUCCAGCUACGGCACAGCCGUACUGUUCUCCGCCGGCGCGGGCAUAACCCACCACCUCAUGUACACUCGGGACCUCGUCGAACGAGCCGCGACAGCCCGCGCUGCAACUCGGCGCGUUUACCUCAUCUGGUCUGUCCGUUCGACAGAUCACCUCGCCUGGGUGAGCUCAUGGAUGGACCAAAUCCUUCGGCUUCCCGGUCGCCGUGAGAUUCUCAUCGUCAAGGUAUUCGUCUCUAAGCCCCGACGUGCGGCGGAUAUCGUUUCCCCCUCGGCGACGGUGCAGAUGCACUCUGGUCGGUGUCGGCCGGAUGUUAUUCUUAAUGAGCUUAUGCCAAAAAGUGUGGGUGCGACGCUCGUUUCUGUCUGUGGGCCUGGUGCGUUUGCGGAUGAAGUGAGAGCUGCAGCGAGAGGGAGAAUUGGGAAGGGUGCUGUGGUGGAUUUUGUGGAGGAGGCUUUUACUUGGUAG